AUGAAGUCUUUAAAAAGUAAAAUCAAAAACAAGAAAAAGGUUGAUGACUCCAAACCUAAAAAAGAUAAAACAAAACCUAAAGAUAAGCAUUCUAGCAAAGAAGAUGUCAUAGUAAGAUUUGGAAAACCGAUCUUACAGAUCAACUUUAAAAGAAUAAAAUUGCUGGUUACCGUCGCAGUAAUACUGAUUUUGAUUAUAACGAUACUAUCUGUUAAUUGUUUGAUUACUGCAAUCAAGAUAAGAAGCCAUUUGGGUGCGUUUAUUAACAUGAUAUCUAGUGGUGAGGGAGAAAUAUUACCCACCAUGUUGGCAUUACCUACGUUUGUUUUUUUGUGCUUAAACUUGGGGGCAUUUUUCUUUGUGUACAAACUUUUUUCGAAAAAGAAGAGUCCAGGUGCGAACAGCAUUUUAUUCAUACUUAUAUUACUAAUACUUGUGUUGGUUGUUAGCACUGUAUUGGUGGUAUUUAUCACUCUGGGACACGCAUACGGAGCUCAUGAAAAAUUGCACGAUGGUAUUAUAGAGACUAUGAAAAAAUAUGCCGUUAAUUCAUACUAUAAAAUCCAAAUGGAUAGGUUACAAAUAGAAUUCCAGUGUUGUGGGAGUAAAAAAUACGACGAAUGGUAUAAUAUUACAUGGUUUGAUAAAGACGUCUCUUCAAAUACUAGCACAGGUUCUGCUGAUCAAACGCCCUUUAGCUGUUGCGCAAUGAGAACUAACUUACCCUGUAUUCAUUACGACAUAGAAAAAACAGGCCGCAAUUACAUGUACACCCCCGAAUUCAACCUGAGUAUCUCUACAACAGGCUGUUAUACGAGAGUGAUCGAAAAGAAACGACAAGUCGGCUUGAGCAUAAUUGGAUAUCUUUUUCUUGUAGUUUUUUUGGAAUUGCUGCUACUGUUACCUUUGAGAUUUCUACAAACUGGGCAUUCGAUAGAUUCAAAAUUCGAAGGGAAUUCUAAGACUUACACAGUGUGGCUGAUUGGAACAUAUACUGGAAAAAAUCAGUCUAAUGCAGCUCCUGAACCUCCGCCAUUGCCUCCAGAAUUACUAGAUUAA